GUGAAGCAAAAGUGAGCAGACGAUGUUUACUUUUAUGUAGCGGUAAUUCAAAUUCAUCAUAAAUCCCCCAAACUAUAUUCGAAUUUGUAAUCUUUGCAAUGUCAAGUUCAACUUGCUGGGAUAGAAAUGUGUUAACAUCUGAAAGCACUAAAAAAAGCAAUUCGUCAUCAAAAGAAAGUUUGCAUGCAAACAAUCCUGAAUUCUCAACAGAGACUGAAGAAGAUGCAUCUUCUUUGAUUGUACUGAGUGUUAUUUUUCAAGGGCAUAAAAUGGGUGCUGCUUAUUAUGACCUUGAUACAUGUCAUUUAUGCCUUCUUCCUGAUCAUGUCGAAACUUCUUCAACUUAUUCAAUUCUUAGGCUACUUCUUAAGCAGACUCAACCAUGUGCUAUCAUUACCAAUAAUCGAGUAGAUGAGAAUAUUCUUAGUAUAUUAAAAGAAAUAAAUAAUUUUAGCAGGCCUUCAGAAUCCUCAGAUACUUCACUUAUGUCCCCUCUGCAAAAAGACAGAUUGCAUUUACUACCUGGGAUUGAUUUUGCACUUGAAGCUUGUCGCCACCGAUUACAAAAUUUAGAACUACCUGAUAUUCCAAAGAAUAUGAAUGAUGCUGAAAGAAGAAUCUAUUUUUCAUCUUUAGUUGAUUUUACAAACAUUUGUAUGGUGAAAGCGGCUGGUGGCUUAUUAAAGUUUAUUGAGAAUAACCCCUUUGGCCCUCGUCUUGAUUCAAAGACUGUUUCAGCUGUUUCUACUCUUAUAUUGAAGAAUAUCAUUAGCAUUGAUGAAAAUUCAUACAGAGCUCUUCAGAUAUUUCAAGAAGAAAGGCAUCCUUCAGUGUACAAGAGUACUUCUGGAGUUAAAGAGGGUUUAAGUUUAUAUGGUAUUUGCAAUAAAUGUAAAUCAGCAAUUGGGAAGAAAGAAUUAAAGUAA